AUGAGUCGGAUGGCUUGUUCUUCAAAUGCCAUAGUUGAAAGCAAUGGUGAUGUACAUGGUGAUUUUGGAAUAGAAUAUUUAGACAUGAUUGAUUUUACAGGGGUGGAGGUGAUGCAUAGUGGUGAUAAUGGUACAGAAAUGAAUGGCUUGCAAAUGCACUCAGCCCUUCCUAUUUUGGCCCAUUUGGAGACAUUUUCACAAGUGGGCGGAAUAACGUUUGAACUUUCUAUUCAACAUAAUUUGAGGCAAAUGGGUGAACAAAACAUGCGCAAUUUGGUGAAGCGGAAGUUGAAAGAUUCUCGCACAAUAUACACACCAAGUGAUAUAAUCAGAGAUGUGAAACAAAACUUUGGUGUCACCAUUAAUUAUUGCAAAGCUUGGAGAUCGAGGGAGUUAGCUCUAAUGUCCAUUAGAGGUUCAGUAGAGGAGGCAUAUUCUCUCCUUCCAGCUUAUUGUCACGAAUUAGAGCGUGUGAAUUCCGGCACAAGGACAUACAUCCACACCGAUGAGAACAAUCACUUUUUGUAUUUUUUUAUGGCUGUUGGGGCAUGUAUUAGAGGGUUUCAAUCUUCGAUGCGGCCAGUCAUUGCUGUGGAUGCCACGCAUUUAAAAUGUAAGUAUAAGGGUGUCCUUUUUGUUGCCAAUGCAUUUGACGGAAAUCGAAAUAUAUAUCCUCUUGCUUUUAGAAUUGGGGAUUUAGAGACGGAUGCCUCAUGGCAUUGGUUUUUCAGUAAGCUUCAUGAAGUCAUUGUUGCAAAAUCUUAUGGCAUCGCUGAAUUUGAUCGUCAUUUUCGCAAGAUCAAGGGAAAUGAUGAGGUUGCUCAAUAUCUUGAAAGUGCAAGAUUACACAAGUGGUCUAGAGCUCACAUGGAUGGACGUCGAUACAAUGUAAUGACAACAAAUAUUGCGGAGUCAAUCAACCCAGUCCUUCGAUUCGCAAGGAUGCUACCAAUGGUGCAUUUGAUUGAUGAAAUCAUCAAUUUGCUUGUGAAAUGGUUCAGUAAACGUCAUGAUUUCGCUUUGAAAUGUUCAUCAACAUUGUGCCCUGACUUUGGCGAGAAGAAGCUGAGACGUAGUUGUAAGAAGUUUCAGCUUGAGCAACUACCUUGCAAGCAUGUAGUUGCAGUUUGCCGUUUCUUGAAACUAAAUGUAUACUCCAUGGCUUCUCGUUAUUACACUCGAAAUACAUGGUUGGAUGCUUAUUCAUUUACCAUCUAUCUGGUACAGCCUCAAGAGCUGUGGGUUAUUCCUGAAGAUGUCUAA